GAUAAGUCCGCGGUCGCACUGUAUUUAAUAUCCUCAAUGUUAAAUAAACAUUAUAAAUUGCUGCUAAAAUGUUCGCUGGCAAUUCCCAUCAUAUUCCUGAUCGACUUCUGCGGCCUGCUGACCCAUCUCCAUGAGCUAAGCUUUGAGCAGCACUUCUACUAUCCAAUGCACGAUGAGGGCCCAGCCUUGUCCGGAAUUUCCAGCUACGGAUUUCUGCAAAUGCCCGCAUUCAUGGCCACGACGGAUCCGCCCCGCCUGACUGUGCUGGUGAAGAGCGCCAUUGGCAAUGUGCGGCGACGCCAGGCCAUACGCAAGACCUGGGGCUACGAGUCGCGCUUCUCCGACGUUCACAUUCGUCGCGCCUUUCUGCUGGGCACCUCGUCGGACAGCAUGGACAAUGUGCGGCGGGAGGCCAAGGAGCAUGGGGACAUUGUGCACGCGGACUUUGUGGAUGCCUACUUCAACAACACCAUCAAGACAAUGAUGGGCAUGCGCUGGGCCAGCGAGCACUUCAACCAGAGCGACUUUUACAUGUUCGUCGACGACGACUACUAUGUGUCCAUCAAGAAUGUUCUGCGAUUCCUGGGCCGCGGACGGGACACCCAUCAUCCGGAUCGUCUCUUUGCCGGCUAUGUCUUUCAGACUUCGCCGCUGCGCCACAAGUUCAGCAAGUGGUAUGUCUCGCUCGAGGAGUAUCCGUUCGACAAGUGGCCGCCGUAUGUGACGGCCGGUGCCUUCAUCCUCUCACGCAGCGCCCUGCUCGAGAUGUACGCGACGAGCAGAAGAGUGCCACUGUUCCGCUUCGAUGACAUCUAUCUGGGCAUUGUGGCGCUCAAGGCAAGCAUUCCCGUGCACCACUGCGACGGCUUCCUCUUCCACAGACCCCACUACUCCGGGCCCGAUAGCUACAGCAACGUCAUUGCCUCGCACGGCUUCAGCGAUCCCGAGGAAAUGGUGCACGUGUGGAAUGAAUGCCGAUCGGCAAAUUACGCGUAGCACAAGCCUCGGACAAGGGUUACUCCUACUCCACUCGACUGUAUAUAUAAAGAUGUAUUAUGACGUAGAUCCAAGCCAAGCCUUAUUAAAGUAUAGUCUUUUUUAUAUGCCUCUAAAUGUGUAAAUACAUAAAUUAACGACAA